CCGGGUCACGAAUCCUUCAAGCGCCACGCCGGGCGUGUGCGGGCGGCUGCAGCCAUGGCAUGCCGCUCGCUUUGCGUAGUCGUGCUCGCUGCACGGUGCGCGUACGCGUGUCAGAGAAGGAAGCCGAAGCAGCUGCCUCAGAUAGUGUGGAAUCGGGGCUAGCGGCCAUCGCCAAGCAGAUCCUGCAAACAGAUCCCGAGGCGCGGGAGAGCCUGCGCCGCUACGAGGAGGCCGUGGUCCGGCUGGAGAAGGCCAAGGCUGCCAGCGAGGAGCUGGACCGCAUGUUCGCGGAGGCGCAGAAGGGCGCCGCCAUGUCGGACGAGCAGCAGGAGCAGGCGCAGCGGCAACGCGCCAACGAGGUGAUGGCUGAUGCGGAGGUGGCGGCGGCGGAGCGCAUGUUGGCGGCGGCGGAGUUGGAGUUCGCGGCGGCGCAGGCCGAGCAGCAGCAGUGGGCGGCGGCGGCAAACGACGGCCCGGAGCGCAUUGAGUCGGUCAAGGCCGCCACCGUGGCCGCCACCGCCGGCCUGCUGGCGGAGCUGCCGCUCAUCACCCUGACCGCUGGCGGCGACACGCCCGCUCUGUCCUCCGCACUCAGCCUGCUGGCUGCAAUGGCCGCCUGCUUCCUGUUCGGCGUCACCUACCGGUACGCGGUGCGCUCCGACUCCUCCAACCGGCAGCUGCGGCUGGGCGUGGUGGAGGCGUUUGGCCUGGUGCGGGCGUCGGGCGCGGCGGACGUGCUGCAGGCCGGCUCGGCGGGCUCGCCCGAGGGCCCGCUGUCGCUGGCGGGUGCGGUGGGCCCGGGCGCGCUGUACGCGCUGGAGAGCCUCAUCCUGUUUGGAUUUGCGUCCGUGGCCGUGGAGGCCGCCUUCAACGCCGGGUUCCUCAAGCGCUUCGGUGAGCGGCCGCAGCAGUGAGCGGGCCGCGGCGUCGCCAGGUUUUUAGAGGUAGCAGCAGCUGCAAUGUAGUAAUAUGGGUGUAGGUUGAGGUGUAGGUUGAGGUGUUGACGAAUCUUUGGGACCGCGCGGGAGUUACAGGGCUCAGCUCUGUGGUGACGUGAUGGGAGGCACGUGGAAAUGGGUGCAACGAGCGCACGCGGCAGGCUUCGUCGUGCCGCUGCGAACGAAUAUAUACUAUUCGGGCGAUUAGCACGCGCGUGAAAGUACAGCGUGUGAGGCGCUCGAGCGACUUGCUGGCAUGUGCAGUCCUGUGGGACGGCGGUGAAAGACGGUGAACAAUCGGAUGCAGUGUUUUGCGAAUGUGUUGCGAGUCACAAUACAAAGAACUUCUUACACGCGAGUGAAUGGAGGCAUAGUCGUGGGUGGCAAUGGCGAUUGGGGUGGGGGGGCUGCAGCAUAGGACGGGGUGCCGCCGCCACGGGCUGUGGCUGGCCAGGUGUCCAGGCCAUGACACAAACCUUAUUAAUGUCCGCACCUG